UCAACCCUACUCACUGGCCAGACCGUCCAGUGUGCGCUCGGAACGCCCCGAGAGCGAAACGCUCUGAAUUUAUGAAUGGACAAUCUGACAAUGCUCUGAAUUUACGAACGCCCAGGGCGCACUCCGAUCUCACUCUGGCACUCUAGAUUGAAUUUACAAACACACCCCUUGUGUGUGGAUUUGAUUUCGCGCCAAACAACAUUAUUCCACGCGCGAGUUUGCUCUCGGUAAACAUAUACUUGUACGGACGUCCUAUUCAUAUUAAUGUAAUUCCGUUGUAAGUCCCUCCACAAGAAUGGAAUCAAACAUGUCUGAACAAUUCGUUGAAAUUGACAAUUUCGGCCUUGAGUUGUUGGAAAAUGUUGAUAUGAUGAUGGAACCUCAACACAGCCAUGGGGAAGUCAGCAGCCAGGAAGUUUUAAUCCUCAUUGAAAAGGUGAUUCUAGAGAUAGUCACCAGUCUGUCCAAAGAUGAAGCUCCAGUUUUGGUCCUACCCAACCGAUCCAGCUGGGCCAAUGUAAGUUUUGACAACGCCGUUGGCCUUCAAAUGACUUCAGGAAGUUCUGUCACCACAGUUCGGAGCAACUGUUCCUCGUCUGUCACUAAAUUUGGGCACAUUCUCAAGGUUCUAUCCACCAUCUACAAACUUGUGCAGAGCAACGUAUAUGCCACAAAAAGGGACAUCUAUUACAACGACACACAGCUUUUUGGUUCACAGAGGACUGUCGAUUCCAUUGUGGAUGACAUUUCCUGCAUGCUCAAGGUUCCACGCAGAAGACUACAUGUGCUAGCUACGUCCAAGGGCUUCAUCUCAGGUGAUCUGUGUUACCUGGAGGAGGACAGCACCAAGGUGGACUGCCACUCCAACUCCACUGCUACUCCAGUCUCUUCUAAUGUUGGUGGAAUCAGGAACAUUGUGUCAUCUGCUAAGUUUGUUUUGAUAGUGGAGAAGGACGCUACCUUCCAGAAACUGCUCGAUUAUGACUUUUGCACCAAGUUAUGUCCUUGCAUCAUGAUCACAGGUAAAGGUGUCCCAGAUGUGAACAGCAGGCUGAUGGUGAGAAAGCUUUGGGAUACCCUGCACAUCCCUAUAUUUGCUCUGGUGGAUGCUGACCCUUACGGCAUUGAGAUCAUGUGCAUCUACAAGUACGGAUCAGUGGCCAUGUCAUUUGAGGCCCACAGUUUGACCGUCCCCAGCGUUAUGUGGCUAGGCCUCCUCCCCUCUGACCUCCAGAGAUUGAGAGUACCUGAGGAUGCUCUGAUCCCCCUCACACAGAGAGACCAGAAUAAACUGACCAGCCUGCUGAAGAGACCCUACUUGGCCUGCCAACCUGCCUGGCAGAGAGAGAUGGAAAUGAUGCAACGGAGCAAGGUGAAAGCUGAGAUCCAGUCCCUGGCCUCCAUAGCCCCUGAUUUCCUCAGCCGCGUCUACCUGCCAAACAAGCUGCGCUACGGGGGCUGGAUAUGAUCACACACUGCCCCUCUGUGGAUGGUGGGAUGUGGGAUUUGAUUUGCCUGGAUUCAAGCGUGUAUGGAUGUGGUACAGUUGCAGUGUGUCUGUCUGUGCAUAUGUCAGUUAAGUCUGUCACAUAGACCUGAUACAACAUUGUAAAUCACAUGUUUAUAUUAUUGACUAUUUUAGGUCAUUAUAUUAUAUGACCUAAAAAUGUUACUAAAUUAUUCUAGAUUAGAGUAUCAGUCCACCUUAAGUGGCCGAUUGACUGUGUCCUUGAUGGUAAUGUAUCUGUGGAUACUAAAAAUGUAAAUUUUCUGCCACUUGUUGUUAAUCAAGUAAAAUAAAAUGUUAUUUGUCA